UUGACAAUCAGUUUACAACCAACGAACAGUGUUCAAAAAUUACCAGAGUAAUAACGUCGCGGUCGAAUCUAGGCUGUGCAAAUAAUAUGUUUACGUAAUAAGAAAAUAGUAAAUAAUUGCAAAUUUGUGAUAGUCCCCAAGGUGAUAAUAGUCAAAAUGCUUCCAAUUCUACUUAAUCGCACGCGAGUGUUCCUGAAUAAAUAUCCCGUCGUUCGUGGGAUGGUGACCUACAGCAUAUUGUGGCCAACGGGAUGCCUGAUUCAACAGUCGGUCACCGGAACCCAUUGGAGAGAUUUGGACUGGAUGAAAUGUUUCAGGUUCCUCGUAUACGGCGGAUUUGUUGUAGCACCAAGCCUCUAUUGUUGGAUAAGACUGGCAUCCAUAAUGUGGCCAGCACAGACAUUGAAAUCAGCUAUCGCAAAGGCUCUCACGGAACAAGUUAGCUAUACACCGCUAGCAAUGACAUGUUUCUACUUUGGGAUGAGCCUUCUCGAAUCCAAGACGGUCAAAGAAUCUUUCGAGGAAGUCAAAGCUAAGGUUCCACCAACUUACAAGGUGGCCAUAUGUAUUUGGCCUUUGCUGCAAACCUUCAAUUUCUCCGUAGUGCCAGAAAAAAAUCGCGUUCCCUUCGUAAGUAUGUGUAGUCUCUUGUGGACCAUAUUUCUCGCUUACAUGAAACAACUGGAGCUUGAGAAGCUCCAGCAAUCGAAAUCGAUCAUUUAAGAUAAAACAAAGGCUUAAGAGAUAAAACAUUAAAGUUAGUUAUUAAAUAAAUGUUUACGACUUACGUUAAUUUA